AUGCUGAAGACUGACCAGCUGGUCUACAUUGUCCUGGAGCUGGUGAUCGCCUGCCUGGCUGUGGCUGGAAACAUCCUGGUGUGCUGGGCCGUCUGCCUCAACUCCAACCUGCAGACUAUCACCAACUUCUUUUUGGUGUCACUGGCUGUGGCUGAUAUCGCUGUAGGGCUGCUGGCAAUUCCCUUCGCCAUCAGCAUCAGUACCGGCUUCUGUGCAAACUUCUACGGCUGCUUGUUCAUCGCCUGCUUCGUGCUCGUGCUCACCCAGAGCUCCAUCUUCAGCCUUCUGGCCAUCGCUGUGGACCGCUGCAUCGCCAUCAAGAACCCACUCAGGUACAACAGCCUGGUGACAGGGCAGAGGGCGAAGGGCAUCAUCACCCUGUGCUGGGUCCUCUCCGUGGGCAUCGGCCUGACUCCAAUGCUGGGCUGGAACACAGGUUCGGACUCCAAAGCCGCCGGCAGAACAAACAGCAGCUGCCCAAACAGCCUGUGCGAGUGUCUGUUCGAAGGAGUGGUCACCAUGGACUACAUGGUCUAUUUCAACUUCUUCUGCUGUGUGCUGGUGCCUCUGCUGGUCAUGCUGGUCAUAUAUGCCAACAUCUUCCUGGCGGCGCAGCACCAGCUCAGAAUGAUUGGUUUCAAAGCUUCGCACAUGCCCGCUCUUGCAGUGAUAACCUCAGCAGCUUCCAGCUCACCUCGCUCCACCCUGCAGAAGGAGGUGCAUGCCGCCAAGUCACUGUCCAUCAUUGUGGGGAUGUUUGCCUUUUGCUGGCUUCCAGUGCACAUCAUCAACUGUUUCAACCACAUGUGUCCCGACUGCGAACGCCCACACAUCUGGGUGAUGAACAUCGCCAUCAUCCUCUCCCAUGCUAACUCCGUCAUGAAUCCCUUCAUCUAUGCCUAUCGCAUUCGGGAGUUCAGGGAGACCUUCCGGAGGAUCCUGUCCCAGCACAUCCUGGGGCAUGGGGAUAUGCAUGGGCUCGGCGAUGGCAGAGGUGCUGGUAGCAGCAGGAGCAGCAUCGUCAGGACUUCUUCCUCUUCCCGCACCAGUAAAGAGUCAUCGUGUGGCACUGUAGUAAACAGUUACAUCGUAGACCCUGGUUCAAAGCAAACCAUAGCUAACCAGGAGACCUCUUGCCACUGGACCGCAAAGUUAGACUCUGCACCAGGUGGCCAAACACCCAACUUUCACCAAAUAAGAAGCAGUUCACUUACACAGCAGUUGCCGUGCAUCAUGGGAUUUGCUGCGCAGGAAGGAAAAGAGUCAGACACAUAUUUUGGGGGAACAACAGAUGCUUCGGAACUGAAAAACAAUGGCAGUGGUAUUACUUUUGUGAAUGUUCAUGCCGGCUUCUUAAAACAGACGGACUGCACCUGCUCUGCAGAGCUUACACAAGUCUCAUGA